UCAACAACCACACUCAGCACUCAGACACAACAUCCCCGAGACAACAGAAGGCCACCCCUUGCUUGAUCAUUACCCAUCAACCCAGUCUUUUCAUACUUUCAAUCAAUCCACUCAAGCGCCGACAUGGCUCCUCACACCGCCUUCCCUGCGCACGCCGAAGCUCGCUUGGCCGACGCAAACGCGGCCAAGCUGGCGGAGGCCAAGGAGCACGUCCACAACACCAAGGAGCCCGACGACGACGACGAGGCCAGCACGCCUCUGGAGGGUCUCAUUCUGUCUGGAGAAGUUCCGGGCCUCAACUUGAGUGCCCGGCAGUGGAUUCUGUCGUCUGAAACCAGGAUCACUAUUGGUCAUGGUUCGCCUCAGGCAUUCAACCCACUGGUCAGAAACAUCAACCUCGCGAUGCUGGAGUAUUACAUCCCCCAAAUCGUCGCCAACCACGCCCACAACCUGCCCGACCGAGCCGUCAUCAUCCUGCCCGAGAACAUGGCCAUCAUCACCCAGCGAGGACUGCGAUACGUUGUCCACAACAUGAAGAUGGAGAUGGAGAAGGGCAGCUACGCGACGGGCAACCCCAAGGAGGAGCACGAGGAGGACGAGCACGAGGAGGCGACCUCCAUGAUCCGCCCCGGCCCCAACGCCGUGGACAUGAUCCACGCCCUCAACACCCUGCGCGCGUUCGGCCUCAGCCACGACGCCAGCUUCCUCGCCAUGGAGGGCGGACCGAUCACGACCAGCCUGCAGCGCCGGGUUCUGGAGUGGGACGGAUCGGACCAGGCCCUCAAGCGGUUCCUGAAGACCCUGAGCCGGCUUCUGGCGGAGGAGGACCAGCACCUGCUCGCCCCGGCCUGGGCUGUCUACAGCGAGCGGCGCCGCCAGGCCAAGUCGCGCCCUGAGACUUCUAGCCCCGAGGCUUGA